CGCUGAUUCAAAAGUUGUGCUACUUGGAUCAAAUCAGCACCUCUAAUUGACUAGUGUUCUAUUUCUAUUUUAACACUAAGAUUCUGACAGUUAAAAUUGGCUUGCAAUUCAGCACUGACGUAAACAAAAAGAAAGAAACUUUCGUAUAACUAAGAAGAUUUACUCACUACCUAAUGGCUGCAAAUGCUACGGGUACACCCUAUGUGAAUACUAAUGCUCGACGAAAAAAUCGUAUGAAAGCUCCAUUCGGAGAUGAAGAUAUACCGAUUGUAUUUGCUCUGCCAGGUGGAAAUGAUCACUUUCAAAGACGAGCAUCACUUAACAGAAAAACUGCAUUUAUAUAUGAUGAACGUAUGUUAUUGCAUAAGAAUAUAUGGUUUCCUAAUUUUGUUGAAUGUCCUGAACGAUUGUCUACUGCUUUGGAUAAAUGUACAACGUAUGGAUUACUAUCGCGUUGUUUGAUUAUAAAUCCUGAACCAGCAACUGAUGAAAUGCUUUCACGUUUUCAUAGAAUUGAAUACAUUGAACAAAUUAAGCGUACUACAUCCAUGUCUGAGAAUGAGCUGAAAGAGCUGAGCGCUACCUUAGAUUCUGUUUAUUUGAAUGAACACACUGAUUUACCCGCAAGAUUAUCUGUUGGAUCAUGGAUACAAGCAGUGGAUUUAGUUCAUCGUGGAGAUGUUAGAAAUGCUUUCUGUUUAGUCAGACCACCAGGUCAUCAUGCAUUGGAGAAUGAAGCUUGUGGAUUUUGUAUAUUCAACAAUGUGGUGAUUGCAGCUCAAUAUGCUAUGGAUCAAUUGAAUUAUAAUCGUAUACUCAUAGUUGAUUGGGAUGUUCAUCACGGGAAUACUACUCAGUAUGCGUUCUACGAUAAUCCAAAAGUCCUAUUCAUCUCGAUUCAUCGUUAUGAUAAUGGUCAGUUUUGGCCUAAUCUACGUGAAUCGAAUUAUGAUUUCAUUGGUAGUGGUCGUGGUCGUGGUUAUAAUGUGAAUAUUUCAUUGAAUGAGAAAGAUGUCGGGGAUUCAGAUUAUCUGACUAUAUUUCAUCGUAUUAUACUUCCUUUAGCCUAUGAGUUCGAUCCUGAAUUAGUGCUUAUUUCUGCUGGAUAUGAUUCUGCAUUUGGUUGUCCCCUGGGUGAAUUGAAUCUUAGUCCUGCUGUAUAUGCUCAUUUAACGCAUAAGUUGAUGGUUCUUGCUGAAGGAAAAGUUAUUGUCGGUUUAGAAGGUGGUUAUUAUUUGGAUUCAUUAGGUGAAUCAGUUGGUCAUACUUUAUCCGCUUUACUUGGUGAUCCCAUGCCAUCUUUAGAACCAAUGAAACCAAUUAAUCCAAGUGUUCUACAGACAAUAUCGAAUUGUGUAUCUACGCUAAGUUUCCGAUGGAAAUCGUUACAUUUAUAUCCAGUGUCGAGUAUUAUUCCAUUCCCUGAUAUAAGUCAUUUAAAAUUGCAAAGUUGGUUCGAUAUAAAAGUACCAAAUUUUGAACCAACAGACAGAGGUCAUAAACCUGAAGCUAAAGCAAAAAUUGAUGCAAAAUUAGAACACUUAAAGUCGACACAUCCUGUAGCGUGUAAUACUAAAAUAUCUGGGACUUGUCUAGUUUAUGAUAGCAGAAUGGAAAAUCAUAAAAAUGAAGAAGAUCGUACUCAUCCUGAAAUGCCAAAUCGUAUAAGAUAUGCUUAUGAAAUGUUAGAUGAACUUGGUCUAUCACGUCGAUGUAAACGAAUUGAAGCACGUUAUGCUACUCAAGCUGAAUUAUUACGUGUUCAUACAGAAGAAUAUGUCAACAGGAUAGCAGCAACAGCAAGUGUGGAUCAAUCAACGCUGAAUGAUUUAGCCGCUGUAGAAGAUUCAAUUUAUUUCAAUCGCCAUACUUAUGAUAGUGCUCGUUUGGCAAGUGGUUCCGUCAUUGCUGUUGUGGAUGAAGUGUGUUCAGGUGGUAGUUUAAAUGGUGUGGCAGUCAUUCGUCCACCUGGUCAUCAUGCACUUAAAGAUGGUUGUAUGGGAUUUUGUUUUUUUAAUAAUAUUGCUGUCGGUGCUAGACAUGCACAACAAGUACAUGGAUUGGAAAGAAUUGCAAUUAUCGAUUGGGAUGUUCAUCAUGGAAAUGGUACAGCGAAGAUUUUCGAAGAUGAUCCAAACAUUUUAUACAUUUCAGUGCAUCGUUUUGAUAAUGGUCGAUUUUUUCCAAAUACUGAUUUCAGUUCAGCUCAAUUUUGUGGCCUAGAUGAAGGUUUAGGUCGUACAGUACAUGUGGCAUGGAAUGGGAGACAUGUUAAAGACGGGGAAUAUAUUAUUGUCUUUAAUAAUAUCAUCAUUCCAAUACUAUAUGAAUUUAGACCACAGUUAAUUUUAGUCUCUGCUGGCUUUGAUGCUGUUCGUGGUGAUAGACUAGGUGGAUUAGGCGUAUCUCCAGAAUGCUUUGGUCAUCUUACUCACUUGCUCAUGACUGUUGCUCAUUUAAAUCCAUCGGCGUAUACAUUGAAUCAACAAAAAGAAAGCCAAGAAGGUAGUAGUAUUAAUAGUAGUAUAACAACACCUUCAACCAAUGCAGUUAGACAAACACGUCAACGUAUACAUCAAGAGAAAUCAGCUUCUUAUUCUGGUGGUGUAAUUAUUGCCCUCGAAGGGGGAUAUCAGUUAUCGGGUACAGCUGAAUCACUAUGUCAUUGUGUUUCUGUUCUCCUUGGAGAUAGUUGUCCACGUCUGGCAGCUAAUCUAUCAGCUUCUGAAAAAGGCUGUAAAGCUAUUCGACAAGCAAUUGAAGUACAUGAAAAAUACUGGAAUAUGCUUAAAGGUUUUGAUCCUGUUGAUUAUUUUUGUGAUCCAGAUUCAAUUCGUCGUAUGGUGAGUUCUAGGCAUACACGACAAAAUCCACAGAAUAAUAUUUCUACAAAUGAAAAUGAUCUAAUCCUUCACUCACAGUUGGUGGACGAUUUAAGCCUGGAUGAUGGUGUUCUCACUACACCAACAUGUAAUGACUUUUCACAUCUUCGCAGCGCACCACUUUCUUUAGCUGUCAGUGAACAAGCUGGUGUUAGCGGUGGCAGUGGCGGUGGCGGUGUUGUCACUGGAUCAACAUCGAUAGCAUCAAAUAGUGGGGGUACAAUUAUCCGACCCGAUGUGAAUCCUCCACGUAGUGAAGUAUCUACAACACAUCAUACUGCAACUGUUGGUCAAAUGUUAUCUACUAGUGUAGCAGCACCUUCAUCGUCUGGUACACUUCAAGGUGCUGGUACGAUACCGUAUUUAAUUGAAGAAUUAUCAAAUUUAAGAGUUAGUUAUCCAGCAACUGAUACAAGUGACAGGUCAAGUUUAGCCUCAGAACUUGUUCAUACACCACAAAUACAACAUUAUCAACCAAAUAUUUCAGACGCAUUAAAUGUUGGCGGUUCAACAGCAAAUGCAGAAAGAAAUCCUAAUGAAACUCAACACCUACCACCACCACCACAACAACAACAACAGCCAACAACAUCAAACGGAUUUGCUGCAACGACAACUGUACAAGAUUUAAUGAAUUUAACUGAUAUCACUUCAGAGGAUAUUCAUGAAUUCUUUGGGCUACCUAGUACACAUCAACUACCAUCUCGUCUGUUUGCUGUCGCUCCGUUAAACUGGUGUCCACAUUUAACCUCUGUACAAAGUAAUCCUACCUGGCAACCAGAUAUUCACACGUUAUGCAGACGUUGUGAUAAUCUUAGCGAGAAUUGGGUCUGUUUAUCUUGUUAUGCGGUUUAUUGUGGUCGUUAUGCUAAUUCACAUAUGGUUGAACACUUUUCAUCAUCACGACAUCCUAUUGUCCUUAGUUAUGCUGAUCUAUCGUCAUGGUGUUAUGAAUGCGAAUCUUAUGUACAUAAUGAGGCAUUACUGGAAAUGAAGCGAGCAGCGCAUCGAGCAAAAUUUGGUGUGGAAAUGCCAGGCUCUUAAAUUGUUUCUUUUUUUCUCUCCCCGCCAAUCCCAUACUUUUUUUGGUGGUGCCUUCUUUUACACACCGAUGUGUGUAUAUGUGCGUGUUUGUGCUUGCUCGUGAGUGAGUGAGUGGUGACUGUGUAAAUCCGUGUUGUGAAUUACUGCAUUAUUGUUUAAACAAGACAAACUAUACACACUACACAGAGACUGUCUCAUUCUUAUUGUUAUUGUUACCAUGAAUGUUCUAAUCUUAUGGGUUUUUUCUCUUUUCUCCCGGCGGAUCUCUCUGUUGCUCUCUCCAGUCUUAUUAUUAUGAUGAUAAUUUCAGGUAUUUUAUGAUUCCCAGAUCUGUCUGCACUUAGGUAGGAAUAUUUCAAUCUUUUCAGUCUUCUAUUCAAUCCUUCGCUGUCACUGUCCCUCUUUCUCAUCACCAUCACCGACGGUAGGACCGUCAGAUCACAGGUCCAAUCUCCGCACUCAUCCCCCUCCCCUCUGAUUGAACUAUCAUAUACAUUCCACAUAUCAACCACUCACUCACAUACCCACACACGAUGUAUCCUGUUGUCAUUAUUGUUGCUCAUGUUUCUGUCGUCCUGUUUUUUCUAUUUUGUAACUUCAAUAGUCCGGGGGGAUGGGAUUGUAUGUUAUCGGUGAGCACACACACAGUGGUGUUUCAAUUUAUUAUCUACCAAAGUUCGUUUUUCUAGAAAAGAUUUAUUGUAAAAGAGCUUUAAAAAAAACAAAAAGAAACCCCUUUUUUCCGUGUGAAUUGAUAGAAAUCAAAAAGAUGAAUACUAUCUCUGAUUAAGUACAAAUUCUUUUCUUCUGUUUUCCCCUGUUGUUAUUGUUGUAGUUAAAAUUCUGUUCCGCGUUUUGUUUACCUUGUUUUUGUGUGCGUCUGUCUGUCUGUGUUUGUUGUGUG